AUGCCUUCAGAUACCAACACAUCAACUCCGGAAACCCUUUACGACAAGGUGUUUGAGGACCACAUCGUCCACAAAGACGAUUCCGGCUCGUAUUUGAUUUAUAUUGACAGACACUUGAUCCACGAGGUGACCAGUCCGCAGGCCUUUGAAGGUCUCAAGACAGCAGGCAGAACUGUUAGAAGACCAGACUGCACGCUUGCCACGGUCGACCACAACAUUCCAACCGACUCUAGAAAGAACUUCAAGAACCUGGAUAGUUUCAUUAAACAAGAUGACUCCAGGGUGCAGGUGCAAACUCUGGAAGACAACGUCAGAGACUUUGGCCUGACCUAUUUUGGAAUGACCGAUUCCAGACAGGGUAUCGUCCACGUUGUUGGUCCCGAACAAGGUUUCACGCUUCCUGGUACUACUGUCGUGUGUGGUGACUCGCAUACCUCGACCCACGGUGCCUUUGGUGCCCUGGCCUUCGGUAUUGGUACCUCGGAGGUGGAGCACGUUUUAGCCACCCAGACCUUGAUCCAGGCCAAGUCGAAAAACAUGAGAAUCACCAUCGAGGGCAAGCUUUCGCCAGGCGUCACUUCGAAGGACUUGGUUCUUCAUGUGAUUGGUGUGAUUGGUACCGCAGGAGGUACUGGCUGUGUGAUUGAGUUUGCUGGUGAAAGUAUCAGAGACCUUUCCAUGGAGGCCAGAAUGUCGAUCUGCAACAUGGCCAUCGAGGCCGGUGCAAGAGCUGGUAUGAUCCAGCCUGACGAGACCACUUUCAACUACAUCAAGGGCCGUCCGUUGGCUCCCAAGGGCGAAGAAUGGGAGAAAGCCGUGAGAUACUGGAAGACUCUCAAGACAGACGAGGGGGCAAAGUUCGACUACGACAUCAAAAUCAAAGCUUCUGACAUCGUUCCCACUAUCACCUGGGGUAAUUCUCCUCAGGAUGCGCUCCCAAUCACAGGCAAGGUGCCGGACCCAGCAAACUUCACUGACCCCAUCACCAAAAAGGGUGUUGAGGCUGCUCUGAAAUACAUGGGUCUCGAACCUAACACUCCAUUGCAGGACAUCACUGUCGACAAGGUGUUUAUUGGUUCCUGUACGAACUCGCGUAUCGAGGACUUGAGAGCCGCCGCCAAGGUGGUGAGAGGCCACAAGAAGGCAGACAACGUGAAGAUGGCCAUGGUGGUGCCGGGAUCCGGAUUGGUGAAAAAACAAGCCGAGAGCGAAGGGCUGGACAAGAUCUUCGAGGCAGCUGGAUUUGUCUGGAGAGAAGCUGGUUGUUCCAUGUGUCUUGGUAUGAACCCAGACAUUUUGGCACCAUACGAAAGAUGCGCCUCCACCUCCAAUAGAAACUUUGUUGGAAGACAAGGUGCUUUGUCCAGAACACACCUGAUGUCACCAGCUAUGGCCGCAGCGGCUGGUAUCACCGGUAAGUUCACAGACAUCAGAAACUUUGUGUACAACGAGGACCCUGCACAGCCAAAGAUCAAGCUCGAUUCCGAGGACGAGAGCUCUGCUCUCCAGAACGCCGUUUACGAUCACGAAAAAGAGCCUCUCGCCCCAGGAGAGUCGGAAGACGAGGCUAUCGACGACCAGAUCAACGAUGUGCCUCCUUCGGAUCAUGUGACUAAGAAGACCGUCGACACAAAGGAAGAGCCACCGGCAAAGGCUAUCGCUAUGCAGAAAUUCCUUACUUUGACUUCGAUCGCUGCUCCUCUUGACAGAGCCAAUGUGGACACCGACGCUAUCAUUCCUAAACAGUUCCUGAAAACGAUCAAGAGAACUGGUUUGAGAGCAGGUUUGUUUUACGAGUCUAGAUUCGUUAAGGAUGAGAACGGAAACGAUGUGCCGACCGACUUCGUGCUCAACGUGGAGCCUUACACCAAAGCCCAGAUAUUGUGUGUGACAGGAGACAAUUUCGGAUGCGGUUCUUCAAGAGAACACGCUCCAUGGGCUCUCAAGGACUUUGGCAUCAGAUCGAUCAUUGCUCCAUCGUUUGGUGACAUUUUCUACAACAACUCGUUUAAGAACGGUCUCUUACCAAUCAGAAUCCCACAAGACGUGAUAAAGGAGAAAAUAUACCCCUUCGCUGUUGAAAAGAAGGAGAUCACCAUCGACCUGCCUAAUCAGCAAAUAUUGGGACCUAACAAGGAGGUUCUCGUGGAAAAGUUUGACAUUGAGGACUUCAGAAAGCACUGUUUGGUGAACGGUUUAGACGAUAUUGGUAUCACCCUAGAGAAAGAAAAGUACAUCACUGCUUUUGAGGAGAAGAGAAGAAAAGUGUUCUCUUUCUUGGAAGGCGGAUCCAAACUCAUUGUUCCUGUGAAGGGUACCAAAAAAUCCAAGUACGGAGUUAAGGCCCAGGAAUGGUGA